UUUUUUUUCUUUUUUAUUGUUAUUGUUACAUUUUCUCAUAUAUUUAUUUAUUUUAAAACUUUUAUAGAAAUUUAAUAAUGACUGUAUUUGAUGCUAAAUCUGAACUUGCUGCUCAAGGCUUAAGAAGUACUAUUUUAAAGCGCUUAGCAGAUUUAAAAGUUGAUAUUGAACCCGGAGAGGAAAUUAUUUUAAAGGAAAAUAAUCGUCGUUUUUGUCUUUUCCCUAUCAAAUACCAUGAAAUUUGGGAAUUUUAUAAAAAGGCCGAGGCAUCCUUUUGGACAGCUGAAGAAAUUGAUUUAUCAAAGGAUUUGGUUGAUUGGGAAGAAGUUCUCAAUAAGGAUGAACGUUACUUUAUUGGUCGUGUCUUGGCUUUCUUUGCCUCUGCUGAUGGUAUUGUCAACGAAAACUUGGUUGCUAAUUUCUGUGAUGAAGUUAAGAUUGCCGAAGCCAAGUGUUUCUAUGGUUUCCAGAUUAUGAUGGAAAAUAUUCAUAAUGAAAUGUACUCCCUUUUGAUUGAUACUUAUAUCAAAGAUCCUACUGAAAAGGAAUUCCACUUUAAUGCUAUCGAAACUAUUCCUUCUAUCAAGAAGAAGGCAGAUUGGGCAUUUAAAUGGAUCUCAAAUGAAUCCAACCAACCUUUUGCUGUUCGUAUCUGUGCUUUUGCCAUUAUUGAAGGCGUUUUCUUCUCUGGUUCCUUUGCUUCUAUUUUCUGGCUUAAGAAGCGUGGUCUCAUGCCUGGUUUGACUCUUUCUAACGAAUUCAUUACUCGUGAUGAAGGUCUUCAUGCUGACUUUGGUUGUCUUCUCUUCCAUCAUAUAAUAAAUCAGCCCUCUCAUGAGACAAUUCUCCAGAUUUUGACAGAAGCUGUUGAUAUUGAACAAGAAUUUUUCCGUGAUGCCUUACCUGUCCGAUUAAUUGGUAUGAAUGAUCAACUUAUGAAUCAAUAUGUAGAGUUUGUUGCUGAUCGUCUCUUGGUAUCUCUUGGUUUCCCCAAGCAUUAUAAUGUCUCUAACCCAUUUGACUUUAUGGACUUGAUUUCUCUUCAGGGUAAGACUAACUUCUUUGAAAAGCGUGUUUCUGAUUAUCAACGCGCUGGUGUUAUGAAUCAAAAAGAAGAACGUAGUUUCACUUUGGAUGCUGAUUUUUAAAACAAAAACAUAUAUAUAUAUAUUUAUAUAAAACCAAACAUUUUUAUUUUAUCCUUUCAUUAUUAUUAUUAUUAUAAUUAGUAGCAUA